AUGGCCGCUUUACUGAGGUACGUGAAGAAGAAGUUCCAUGACAUGGUCAAUCGAGAGUUUGAGUCUGCUGUCCAUUGCGGUGUGCCCAUACGCAAGCACAAGCUAUGGCAAUCUUUGAGAUGUUCAUUGCAGCUGUCGAUCACAAUUCACCGGAAUGUGGCCGAGCAAUUCGGAAUCAACAGUGUCCGAUAUUACCGCUUCAAUGUGGAUCACGGUCUUGAAGGUGUGAAGUUGUUCGAUUACAAGAAAAGAGAAGAUAAGGAAGUCGACACAACAGCAUAUCUGGGUAAGAUCGAAGUCGGAAGAGAAUUGAAGAGAUUUGUGGAGGUCAUGAAGGUUCUGCCGCUAAGGGAACCAAGUCUACUCAAUAACCAGAACGAAGAGGCGAAUGUUUACAGCUUGGGCGAAGACGGAACCCCAGAAGAACAGAGGCUGAUAGACAGGUUGAAUGCUCUGAGGAUGUGGCAAGACCGAGUGUUUCACCGUCAUUGCAACGAGUGGGAAAGCGAAAUGAAUAAGGAAGGGGCGAGGUAUCACAAACUUCUUUACACGGAACUAGGAAUAGGAUAUAUAGGGAAUGCCGUCGUCCAAGCAGAUCUACUUGACGAGCGUAGUCGAGAGAUAUUAUCCUCCUGCAUACCCAGCCCCGACCGUCCACAGCUCCUCAUAUCUCACGACUGCAAAGCAGAUGCUUACUACAGCCCUGAAGACGAAACGCCCGAACGUACAGCAACCAGGAUUGAGCUUGCAAAUAAAGAUCUAUCAAAUGCGUUUCAGAUCUUUAGACAACUUCUAUGUACAGUAGUAGGCAUCUGGGAUGAAAGCAGUUUUCCUUACUGUUGGAUAGCGAAGCGUAUGGCUGGUAUUCUUGAAAUUUGGGGAUGUCGUCGUGAAGCGAGGAAUCUCUACUUAGUGGCAAGAGAUGGCAAGGUUAAGGUGUUUGGGGAAGAUCAUUGGUCUGUUAGGAGGCUGCAAGACAAAUUAGAGAGGCUUACAUAUCAGUUGAGGGAAUAA